GGCGUAAGAUUGGAGAAUAGUGGGGGGGUGACGAGACAGCAUGUAACAACUGGGCAAGCUUGACGGUUUCAACUUUUAUCCAAACAUGCCGGUUGUUCAAAAUACACCGUAAUCGGUUUACGUGUACGUUAUUGGAUCGGAAAAUCACAAAGGACAGGAUGUCCAACUCGAGGCCGAAAAAAGGCCCUCACCACGACAGGUCACACAGAAGUCACAAGGCGGAUAAUGCCAAACAGACGGAAGAACCAAGAUCCAGGUACCUCUCCAUCAACUCGAUCCUCACAUUCUUAUGCCUGGGCAUAGCCUGCUGCAUCGGAUACAAAGGCUACCUGGAAACUAGAGUCAACACCCCGUUCGACAGCCCAAAGGUUGUGGUGAAGAGCGGUCUGGCAAUCCCUGGAAGAUACUGGGGUACAUACAGGCCAGGCAACUACUUUGGCCUCAAGACGAGAGAACCAUUUUCUCCUGUCAUGGGGCUCAUGUGGUACUUCCCAAGAAAAAUGUCCGCGAACUCUAACAACAUACGCCACUGGUGUGAACAAGAUGAUCAUUUGAAUUAUUAUACAUGGACUAAGCACGACGGUAAAACGUUUGGCGUUCAACAAAUAAACGAUGGAGAUUUCCAAAUAACUACAUCUUUUGUAAAACGACCCGGCGGUACACAAGGCGGCGAUUGGACUACAAGAAUCAGUGUUAAAUCAGUGGAUGAGUCCACAGAAACUGGGAGUUCAGUCAGCCUAAUUUUUUAUACUGCGAUCGAAUCUCAAACCAAUGGCAAGAUCAACCCUUCAUUCGCUGGAGCGAUUACAGGAGUAGUCGGUGAGACACAGGAGCUCGGUCCUUUUGUCGUCCGUUAUUAUAACGUUACUGGAAAUAUAGUAACAAAGUCAUAUUUGAGUGUCGAAUCUGGAGGUCUUCAUUUGCUCAAGGAAACUGUCAGAUCCACUUUAAGACAAAUAACAGACAAGGAGUCUCGCAGAAAGCACUUAGUUUUACCUGGGGAUAUUACACAUUUGCAAGGAGAGGCUGGAGAACGGGUGGCACCAAAUUUUAUAGCAACCCAGCUUGAAGUAAACGUUCCGUUUGAACUAGAUGUUGUUUUUGAGUCUGCCAGUUUUAUUGAUAGGCCGAACACUCUAACAGGUGGCAUAUUUCAAACAGCGCUAAAAAAUAAAUUACAUGAAUUCGAUACAAAAUUCGAAGACACUUUUAAACUUAAGAGUAAAAAUUUUAGCGACAAUCAUAUAGCAUUCGCUAAAGCAGUUUUUAGUAAUUUAAUUGGAGGAAUCGGCUAUUUUUAUGGCGCAUCGAGAGUCAGGUCUGAUCACACAAAAACACCUGUGCCUUAUUGGAAAGCACCACUUUUUACAGCAGUGCCUUCUAGGAGUUUUUUUCCGAGAGGAUUUUUGUGGGAUGAAGGCUUUCAUGGACUUCUCUUGGCCGCUUGGGAUUUAGAUCUUGAAUUGGAUAUCAUCGGCCAUUGGUUUGAUCUGAUGAACAUUGAAGGUUGGAUACCUCGUGAGCAAAUCUUAGGCCUAGAGGCUUUGGCCAAAGUACCAGAAGAAUUUGUUACACAGACAAAUACAAAUGCAAACCCUCCUACUUUUUUUUUAACUCUUAGAUUUAUUAUACAAAACUAUGCCGAGAGAUUGACUGAAGAAGAUAGACUGGGAACAUUGGAACGACUGUAUCCUAGGCUGGUCGCUUGGUUUGACUGGUUCAAUACCACCCAGAAUGGACCUUUGUCCGGCAGCUAUAGAUGGAGAGGGCGGGAUGGUAAAACAACGAAAGAAUUGAAUCCUAAAACAUUAACGUCAGGUCUUGAUGAUUAUCCAAGAGCGUCUCAUCCUACAGACGAUGAGAGGCAUUUAGAUCUGCGCUGUUGGAUUAUGUUGGGUGCGAGCACUUUGGCAGAAAUAGCCAAAUUAUUGAAUCGAGAAGGUCAGAAAUACAUGGAUACAUACUCGUACCUUUCUGAUGUCAAGCUUCUCGACACUUUACACUGGUCCGAAGAAUACGGACGCUAUGCAGAUUAUGGGCUUCACACUGAUGAUGUCACUCUAAAAAAGCCACCACCACUCCCCUCUCCUUCGAAGCCUGUUCAACAAGAAUUAACCAGAGUCACUUUAACUGCCCCAAGAUUGAGGCUUGUCGAUACGACUUUUGGCUAUGUAAGCCUGUUUCCAUUCUUUGUCCAUACGUUCCCCUCGAAUUCUCACAGGCUUCAGAAAAUGCUGACAGACAUUCGAAACCCGCAAUACCUUUGGACAGAUUACGGUCUGCGUUCACUUUCGAAAAAAUCUCCCUUGUACAACAAAUACAACACAGAGCAUGAUCCUCCAUAUUGGAGGGGUGACAUUUGGAUCAACCUCAAUUAUCUUACCUUAGAAGCACUCAAUUACUAUUCAAAACUUGACGGCCCUUACAGACAACAGGCGGAAGACCUUUACAAAGAGCUGAGGCAUAAUCUUAUCACAAACAUUUUCAAACAGUACGUGAAGACCGGUUACAUCUGGGAACACUACAAUCCAAAAACGGGUGCUGGUCACGGGUCACACCCAUUCACCGGGUGGUCAUCCCUCGUCGUUUUAAUAAUGGCCGAAAUGUACUGAACUUUUUCUAAAAAAGAUAUAAUUUAAAAAAAAUAUAUGAACUAUUUAUUUGAUACCUUAUUUUUAUAAAAGUUGAACCCAAAGGGUUGUCUUAAUUGACAUUGUGCAAUGUUAAACAAUAAAUCAUAUGUCAGUCUAAAGGAUUGUGUAUAAGGAUUAAUACAAUCAACCCUGUCAAAAAUUCGCAAAUUGAUGAAGGCCUGUUAAAAAAUUUUUUAAAAAGUUUAAUUUUCUUCCAUUAAGUGCAUAUGUAUUUUAUAUCCUACUUUGGCACUUAAAAUGUUAGAGAUUUUGUAGUAAAGUUGAAAAUAAAUCUUCCUGUCAAUAACCUA